CGUUUGGAAAUUUUGGUAAACAGACUUAAACUUUGAAAAAAAAAUUUGCAACCGUCCAACAUACUGUUUUACCGUUUGAUCUAACAUGAAGGAAAUAAGUGAUUAGGGUCCUGAUGCCGUCUGUACCAUGAAAAGACACAUCUUUUCAGGCUAUCUACGGACCAGAUUGAGUUUAUCUGAGGUCUAAACAAGUUGAUCCACGUCCAUGUUUAAGCUUGGUAUAUGUCAAUGACUUCAAAUAUUGUGAAGGUUUGUGGCUAUUCAAUCAUCUUCUCUAGAGAUGUAGUCCGUAAAUCAUGAGAGACUCAACUUCAUACUUUGAUUACAAGAAUCCUUCCGUUCACCAUCUCUAGCUUUCUGAUUCACAUUCUGAUCUUUUCAAUAAAUAACACAUUUUUUCACUUCCUAUUUGGUCGUGUUUCAAUCUCCUUUGACAUGAUUCAAAAGAAAAAUUGUAAAACUGUAACAAUUGCGUCGUCUGUAACAUUGACGUUACGUCACAUCAACUGGAGUUCAAUGUAAUAAAUGGCGGACGGGAGAUAUCCGAUAGAUCACCGAACCGAAAGAGACAAUCGCCCACAUAGUCCUGAUAGUCCGACACGUCACCGAAAUCGAGAGUCGCCGGAAGAUCGUCGGGAACCAAGUAAUGAUCCCGGACCUCUGGGUCGAAACGAAAUUCAGCCCUAUCUUCUAUUAAAGCAGCUAAGCGAUGACACAGAAAUUACAAAUUAUUACACACAAAUCAGAGAACUCGGUCAGGGUUCGUAUGGAAAAAUCUACGAAGUUCAACAGAGAGAGAAUCCAAGGAUCAGAUUAGCUUUAAAAGUGCAACCAAAAGCUCUUGCAAAUCCAACUCAGGGCGGAGACGUACAGGGAAGAUUGGAUCGCCACCUGAAGCGGAUGUAUCAUGAAAUAAUAAUAUUAAACAGAAUACUGCCUCCUCACAAACACAUUCUUCAAAUAAAGGACAUUCUCAUAGGUCCAAACACCAUCAACCUCGUCACGGAAUUAUGUUCGACCCAAACCUUGAAGGACUUUUUUCCAGGUGCCACGAAUGCCACCGCAGCCAGAAUCUUCAAACAACUGGCCACCACAGUUCACUUUAUACAUCAGCACGGAGUCGUGCAUAAUGAUUUGAAAUCGGUCAAUGUCCUCUUUGCCAGUGCUGGGAUGCGAGACAUCAAGAUCAUAGACUUCGGCAUAUCGGCUUAUUAUGAAACCAUGGCCACCAGGACAUACCACAAUUUCAAUCCACGCAGCUGGUUCGCAGAGGAAGAAUUACGUCAGGCCGGUGAUGGAUAUGCGUCGCCAUUCGGAGACGUCGAGCAAUUGGGCAAUCUUUUGCAUUGCAUGUUGAGUGGCAGAGAUAUAGACCCUACGGACUGGACCGAUCCGGAACCGGACCCCGAGCCCAGGACAGACAUAUUUGACGACAAUGCGCUCCAUUUGUUUGGCCUCAUAGGGCCCUACGAACAUCGCGCUGAUCCGAGCGCUCGGCUUCCUGAAUUGGAACAGAUCCUCCAACAUCCUUGGCUUCGAUGAGUUUCUGCAGAUUUUUGCUUUCCUAAUAAAAUGUCUCAACAUUGUCUGUAAUUUUUGCAACAGGAUGCUCUUCAAAUCACCAAACAUACAGCCUAAUGCCAGAAUAAAAUAAAAUAAUAUACCUAACGAACAACCUUAGUACCUUGAUUUCUAACAUGGUUGACUUCAAUUUCAGACCAUCUUGAACCAUACCAAAUGUUCGACUCUA